AUGGAUGUAACUCAAUAUAAAUCAGAUUUUGUGAAAUAUAUUGAUGAAUUUUUCAACUCAGAUGAAUCCAAAAACUCAUCAAUUAAAGAACUGAAGAGCAAAAAGCAAGAUUUAUUUUAUUAUCAGUCAAAAAAACUUGCAAAAUCAGAUAAACGUAAUGCAGAAAUGAUACGCAACAAAAGAGUCCUCCUAAGCAAUUAUAUUUCAGCAAGUACUGAAAAAUUAACUCCUCAGGAUGAAUAUUAUCAAACUCGCGUUGAAAGAGAAAUACUUUUAGGUCAAAUAUUUGGAGAAGAAAAGGAAAAAAUUAAAUCCGCUAAGCAAGAUUAUCAAGCACAAAGAAAAGUUAUGGCUGAUAAAAUUGAAGUAUUAAAAUUACAAUAUAAUACAUUGGUUUCAGAUAACAAGCGAAUUGAAGCUGAGCUGCAACAUUAUCAUCGCGUAAAAAGCGAAUUUGACGUUUUCAAAACCAACAAAAAGCUUACGGAAGAGGAAAAGCAGAAAAGGAAUUGA